UCAGGAAUCAGGAUCAGUCAGUCAGCUGUGAGCGGACCCACCGACCAACCGCCAGACCCGGGACGGUGGCGGUGCAGCCCCGCAGGUCCUCACCGGAGCUUCACACGGUACAUUCACCGGCCGACAUGGACUAACAGCAGCGGACACACUCAGCUUCAAACCCGCGUCCCUCCCUCCCCCCCUCCCCCUGUAGUGGCCAGGCGGCGUCAUGGCUUCCCGGCUGCUCGACCGUCUGAAGCGCUCGCUGUUUAAAGAUGGCCAGGGGGCGGGACCUGAGCAGGAAGCGGCAGGCGGACAGGAAGAGGAGGAGUUUAAAGAGGACCACUGGGAGGCGGAGCUGGAGGAGGAGGAGGAGUGCGUGACCGAUCGGCUCGGGGGGACGCUGUGCUUCGACAGCGGAGGAGGAGGAGCAGAGGAUGGAGCCGAGGGCGAGGGGUCAGGGCUGGACAGUGACUCAGACUUCCUGGGAGAGUCAAUGGAGGAGGGGCUGAGCAGCACAGACACCAGUCCUGUGGGCGUGUCUCCGGUUGGCCCCUCUGCGUCCUUCCUGCUGACUCGGCAGCUUCAGGAGAGCUGGAGGACCCUGCGUGGACUCGGAGGAGGAAGUCCCACCUCGGCUGGGAGGCAGCUGACAGACAACUUGCUGUUUGAGGUGACCGACGCCAGCGUGGUGCAGGACGGCUCCUCUAAAUAUGUGCUGUACACCAUCCACGUGAUCCAGUCUGGCGGCAGCGAUAAGACUCCAGCCAUCAUCACACGCCGAUACUCCGACUUCCAGCGGCUCCACGCUACCCUGCGCCGUAACCACGGAGACCAGAUGGAGCGUGUCUGUUUCCCACGAAAGAAGCUGCGCAGGAACUUCACGGCAGAGACGAUCGCCAAGCGGAGCCGAGCAUUUGAGCAGUAUCUGUCUCACCUGUGUUCCCUGUCGGCCCUGCGGGGGGCGCUGUGUGUCCGACAGUUCUUCUACCUGACUGACCUGCAGACCGGACAGCUGCUCAUCAGGGUCGGACGUUACCAGGAGGCCUUGGGUCCGCUGCUCAACGCCAAGAGACUGCAACACAAACUGGGCUGGGCAAGUUACUAUGACAACCAGGCUCAGGCCCCGACCCCAUCCUCCUCCCAUUGGUUCUUCACCCUGGUGGGACUGUCGAGCUGUUUCCAGGAAGUGGACCAGCUGGAGGAGGCACGGGAUCACUGUGACCUCGCCCUCCGUGUCCUGACCCCCGCCGAGACUGACACAGGGGGAGACAGACCCCUCCCACUCCAAGAUAAGCCUCGCCCACUGACUGAACAGCACGACUCAUCAAGACGGCGCCCCGACAGGCCACACCCCCUCCUGUUGCCGUUGUUACAGGCGGUGGUUCGGCUGUCGUGGCAAACAGGAAGGGACAAGCGGCAGUGGGAGGAGCUUCUGCAGCACCUGGAGGAGCAGAGGGCGGGGCUAGACAAUCAGCCAACCAUCAAAGAGUUUUUGGUCAAACACAACCUUCUGGAGAGCGAGGGGGAGGGCUAGAACAACACACACACACACACACACACACACACACACACACACACUGCAGAGUACAAUCACUACACUGCAACACGAGUGUUGCCGCCACUGUCUGAAAAAACAUCAGAGAUUUUGGGAAUAAAGUGAUGAGAAAAUGUUUCUCUUCUCUUCUUAAAGUAGAACUUCUUUCCUCAAAGUAUUUCCACUUUGUUUUCAGUGUCUCUGAUUUUGUUUUCUAACAGUGGCUGUGACGCUCCGUCAGCAUCAUCAUGUGAUCAAUCAUCCUUUAAAGCCUUAAACCGGUUCAGUGAUCACAAACACUCAGAUGCUUCAGAUCAGGAGGUUUCCUGUUUUUAUUCCAAAGUGUGGGUCGCUCUGACUUCACAAUAAUCCUUAAAAAAAGACAGAUCUGCAGCCGUAUUCACGUAUUGUACAAUUGUUAGGAGUCAGUGUUGUGAUGGUCUACGAAAAUUCAUAAAGGGAGAAUUUUGUCAAACAGUUUCCCUUUAAACUAAAUCCAAGUAAUGAAAAGCUACCUGCAAAGCAUGUUGGCACUGAAAAUGGUUUAAAACUAUUUUACAGUUUGGAGAAAGAAAUCUGAAAUAUAUAAAUCCAAAUACAUGAAUAUAUAAUGUGUAAGGCUUUGGAGAGCAGAGGAAAACACAGGGUUCUAUCUGUGUUCACCAGCUUGCAGUAUUAUUCUCUGCUGCCUUUGCUUGUUUAUUGCUGUAUUUCUGCCACUCAGUCCCUCCAGGAUGUUUUGAUCGCAGCAAUUAAUGCCAGGUUCACGCUACACAACAUCAGCUCGGCAUGGCAUUGACCAGUAUCGGCUCGGAUCAUGAAUGACAAUGACUGUCCUGUGCAGUAAUCCAUCGUUUUAUCUUGUGUAGUUUGUCAUAGCAGACAACAGCUAACGCCAUGUUUAGGACGCCUCACGAUGUCCCGACAGAAAGUCUAACAUGUUUGAUUUUCUUUUUGUCUUCCACGACUUCUCCCGUCACAGUCGUCACUUUGACCAAUAGGAACACAGAGCGAUCUGCUGCCAUGGAAACUGUACGACAACAACAACGCAGCCUUUGAGAUAUUUCCUGUAGGGACGUUAGCACACAGAGUAAAAAAGAAACAGCAGAGGCACUUUAUCAACCCGCUGAGUACUGCCAUUAGCAUCAAGCUAGCAAAGAAUGUUCUUUCUUCAUAAUGGAGGAUAUAAAGGAAUCAAACUCACAGAUAGUGUCUGGGCCUUUACUCAGCACAGCUGCAGAGGCUACCAGCUGCAUCUCUAAGACACUACAUUAGAAACAGGAUGUCAUUUUUCUUCUAUUUUUAGUUUAAUCCGCUCCUGUUUGUCCUGUUAAAUUUAAUGCGUUGCGCCGUCAUUUCAAACGCAACACUUCCUGUAUCAGUUUUAGAUUAACUGAUCAUUUCAUUUUUUUUAUGUGGUACUUAAAAGGUAGCUCCACCCAUCUGGUGACACUUUUUACGGUACUACAGUAACAUUACUGCUGGGACAUGAACAGACACAUAGACUGAAAUAAUGGUAGUAACAAUAAUAAAAAACCGGACGAGAAUAAUCCGAUGACGUCACACAUAUUGUGAAAGACGACCAGCGAUGAUUGGUCGUGGACCAAUGUGUAGUGUGUCAUGUCUGUCGGCCAAGUCACGGCAAGAUUUUAUGACUCCACAGUCGUCUAAUCUGACAUAGUGACUGUCUGCAUGGAUAAAAAUGUUUAGUAGUCUGAACCCAGCGUAACCCAAAUCAUCCAAUUUAGUGCACAACUUGAACAUAUAUUUGUUUAAAACAGGUAAAAUCUCAUUUCAAAGUGGAGCUGUGUGCAGCUUAUCGAUUCAUUCAGCCCCCCUCUCUGUUUAUCAUGAAACUGCUGCUGUUCCUGUGACAGAGACACACAGUGACAGGGCUAACUGUUAGCAUCACACAGCUAACGUUACUCAAUGUUUAUUAACAGCUUUAAUGACGGGCCUCCAGUGCUGCGUCAAACUGCAGCAACAGCUGAUCGUCACUGAUCACCCCGCCAUCACAGAUAGAUUCUAAUUCUGUGAGAAACACUGAAUGCUCAUAAUGUGCUUCAAACCUGUGACGGCAUUGCAACGGUUUUUGCAGUUUUCACUUGCGUCUGCAAAAAACUGCCUGAAAACAUUGUUACAUGAAUCUCAAGUUGUGAGAAAAGCUGCCAUAAAAUCAAACAUGUCGGGCCGCAACAAUUGCAGUGAAAUCCUGGAGGGACUGAACACCGCCACCUGUAGGUCAGUGGGAUCGUGUGAAACUAUUGGCAGGACUGUGUAGCAGGUCCCAUGUACAUUGAGUCCUCGAGACGAACAAAACAGGGACCACAUGACCUGCAGUGCAGGUACAGGUCAGAAACUAUAUAUAAAGAAUGUAAAGGCGAUGGCAUCAGCUGUAGAUUAAACAGCAAUAAUCAGUUCAGUGGUGAGACAAUCUUCAGUAAAUAGUUUAUCACAACUGAAAGAAAGAUAUUACACCUGAGGCAUCUCCAGCUGCUGCUCACCUGAAUGCACAGCUGUGACUCCACCUUUGGGUUUAUCACCCUGUAGCACUUUUAUAAAACUGUGCCCAGAAUGUUUGUGAACACGGCCAGGAUUAUUUACUGAAUAUACUUUUGCUUUUAUUAAGACUACAGUAUAGAUUUGAGGAACAAACUUAUUUUGUUGCACUUUUUUGAGUCAUAAAGCAGCACUGGGAUGUUUUCACCUGCAGCGGACAGUUUAUAUGAAAAUGUUGCCAGUAUGUAAUAUUCAGCAGUUACACUGCGUUCACGUGGAAUCAGGCAGACGGGACACGGAAACAGAUUCUGGAUGACACGGGGAAAAACAAACAAACAAACAAACAAACAAACAGUCUGACAGAAUUGCAGGACCAAGCGGCCACCUCCAGGGUUUAUACAGACUGUGGGCAGGAUGGUAAAAUGAAACAUGCAUGAGGACACGUUGCCAUGGUGAGGUCAUUUUGUUUACAAAGACUGAAAUAAAAAGCAUUAAAUAAAAUGAAUUAUAUAAUUUUCCAGUAAUGUCCAGAUCAGGUGUGUUUUCUCCCUGUGUGAGGGACAGUGUUACUACAGUUACUGAGAAACAAUAUGUAAUUAAAUUACAGUUACUGAUCAAGAUGUUGGUGAUUACAAUGGAGUUACAUCCAGAUAUAUUCUCUUGGUUAAGGAGUUUAAAUGUAACACUCAUUCUGCUGCUUUGCAUCUUUUCACCUGGUGAGGAAUGUUUUCAUUUUUUAUUUUUGUGGGCAUAUUUCUGGACAGCGCAGGUCAGCAAAGCCGUCAAACAAAUUUGAGUUGAAAUUUGUGCACUUACGUUUUUAGGAUUAUUUCUGCGACUUUAAGGCCCAGUUGAAAACAUUUGUUAGAAAAGUAAUCAAAUGUUACUUUGAUGAAGUUAUUAAAACAGUUACUUUAGUUGUUACAUUUUUAACAGGGUAACUAGCAAUCUGUAUCUGAUUACAUCUCAAAAAUAACCGUCCCAACACCAGUGAGGAAGCUGCAUAACAUCUGAUUGUAAAUUCUGUCAUGGAGGACGAUAAGAGUAUUUAGAUUUUGAACGGCAGUGUCAUCUACCGUUAAUGUUGCCGACGUUCUCGCCUCAUUUUACCGUCCUGCUCUCGCCCGACAAAAUGAUUUCUGGUUUGCUUUGUACCGUCUCCCUGACUGCACGUGAACGCAGCAUUAGAGCGGCAUUAAAUUGUCAGUCUUUCAUGGCAACAAACAUUUUAGUCAUUACUCCAGCACUCAGUCAGCAGGUUCAUGUUUUAAAGACGAAUCUGCUGCUUUUCAGUGAUAAAUGUGGUGUUUUACGUCACUAUGGAGACCUGUGGUUUUAGAGGGUCUGGAGUGAAAGACUGGAAAAGGGAUGAAAGUAGAUGUGAGGACUGGAUUUACAUCAGCAGGGAAACAUGAAAUGUGAAACCCUGGUGUGAAACAAGAGAUGAAUAAGGGACGAGACAAAGUCAGGAGCACGUUAAUGACCUCACACACACACACACACACACACACACACACACACAGGGAAAAUGAUAAAGCAGUGAAUCUGAUGGAUAAAUUGAAAGAGACUAUGCACACAUUCACAUUCAUGCAUUCAUCCUGUGAUCACAUCAGAUCAAGCUGAAGCUGCUGACUGGAGCAAACUGUUCACAUCACUCCUCCGCUCUAAAAAACAAUCAGGAUGUGAGAAUGAUUUUUUUUAUCCUCCACUCAGUGACCGUUGAGAUGCUGCAUGAGCACGACCAGCUGAAAGCACUAUACAAGUACAAUAUGCACAGUUACAAGUAAUAUUCAUGUUAUAUUCAGCCUCACUACAGCGCCUUCUUCACAGCAGCUGCGCCGCCUCCUGUUUCUGCAUCCUGACGCUUUGCUGACUAAAGACUUUGAAUGAAACUACCAGCACUCUGCUGAUGACAGCGGCACUGCUGUGACUGUUGAUAAUUUUACAAGCUGUUUUAGACGAAGCUGCGGAGCGCCCAGGGAUUUCAAAUCUUUUAUAUUUAAUUUUAUAAAUAUUAGGCCUUAGAAGUCAUUAAAUAGUUAUACAUUUAACUUUGUAAGGUUUAAAUUGCCACAGAUUUGAUCCAGUUUCAUUCAUUCAUCUGUUCUUUUUGUCAAAAUGAGUUGAAUUUCUGACAUUACAAAUCUUUAAAGCUCCAGUGUGUAGAGUUCAGGGGGAUGUAUAGGGACAAAUAAUAUAAUCAGUUUGUUUUCAAUGAAUGUACAAUCAGCUGAAAAUAAGAUUUAUUAUGUUCCCCUUACCUCAGAAUGAGACGUUUAUGAGAGAGACAGCCUGAGAGAGCAUUUAUGGCGCAAAUAAAAAGAGAUGAUUAAUCAUAACAUCAGUCCUAAAUUUGGUUAAAAUGAUCUUGAAAAGGUUUUAAAAAGAAUUUAAUAGAAGUUGUGUGUAUCGAGUUUACAGUUUGCCCUACAAGCACUUUUAUUCUGAAGGUCAGAGGAUGUUGUUCUCAUGAAUACAACCUGACUGUGUGCACAUUAAUCACUCGCUCAGUACAGAUUUUAACCCCCGGGGCUCCAAACAAACACAGCAUGUUUGUUUCUGUACUUUCAAUGUGAAAACAUAACUGCUUAUUAUUAAUGAGAGGCUUUUAUGCCUGAAACCCCAAAAUCACAUGACAGAGCACUACAACAGAUACUGUAUUCAGACACUCCAUGUUUUUGCUCAGAGAUGUUUUAUUGACGAACGUUAACAGUUAAAUGUGGAAAAUUAUUAAAGGCUGAUUCCAAUAAUUUAAUAUUUUACAGACACGAAAAAUAAAAGAUUCAAUAAAGGAUCUAUGGAAGCCCAUUUCUGCCAAAAUCCUUUCAGUAAUUAUGAGACACCUUCUCAUAAUAUUAUUACAUUAUAUAUUAUUAGAAUAUUAUUAUUUUUAUCUCAAAAUAAAGACUUUGUAUUUAAAUAUAAUGACUUAUUUAUCUUGAAAUAAUAUUACAUAGUAUUUUAGUAUUUCAAAAUAAUUACUUCAUAUCUCAGAGUAAUAAGAAAUGAUAGGAAGUCAUUAUUUGGAGAAAGUUUCUCAUUUUAAUAACUUAGAGGAUUUUUUUUCAUCACAGGCAGAAAUGAGUUUGCACAGAUUCAAAGGGCCUCAUGUGAGAACACUUGUUUUUAACACACGGUCAGUUUUGCUCAAACAAAUGUUCAAGUGUUCGUGAGGAGGUUUGAUCAUUAGCACACUCGCCACCCUCACAUUGUAAUGUAAAGCUACCUGUUCAUUUGUUGUCAGAUUGCAUUGACAGAAAUUAUAAUGUUUCAUUUUUUAUCAUAGUUUAGGCUUCAUAUUUAUUCCAUUUCAUUGAAAUUGUAGUUUUGUUUUUCCCGAAGAAGUUAAACCAUCAGUCCGUGACUCGUACGACAGCUUGAUUAUUCUCUUCAGUCAUUCGUACGUGCUGCUCGCAAUCUGUUGGUAGAGGAGGCUCCUGCAUGAAGCCCAGUCUUUGCCAUAACAGAAUGAUCCUGCUAGAAAACAACAAAUCUUUGAGCUGUUCAAUGAAUCUAAUGACCACAAACCUCUGAGCUGUGGCCUGUUUCUAAGUGUGCUUUCAUUUCAGUGCUGCAUGUUUGAGAAAUCCUAAGUAACUCUGAUCUGAGUGACUAAAUGUUUACAUGGUCGCUGCAGAAAUGUUUGAAACAGUUUGAAAAGAAAAGGUUUUAAAGGGAUAGUGCACCCAAAAAUGUAAAUGCAGCCAUUAUCUACUCACCCAUAUGCCGAGGGAGGCUCAGGUGAAGUUUUAGAGUCCUCACAUCACUUGCAGAGAUCCAAGGGGAGAGGAGGUAGCAACACAACUCCACCUAAUGGAGGCUGACGGCGCCCCAGAUUCAAACGUCCAAAAACACAUCAUUGAAACCACAAAAUAUCUCCAAACUUCACCUGAGCCUCCCUCGGCAUAUGGGUGAGUAGAUAAUGGCUGAAUUUUCAUUUUUGGGUGCACUAUCCCUUUAAGUUUGAAAUGAGUUCAUUUCUUCACAUACAGUUUCUGUGAAUCGAUCGAAAUGACACAAACGUCUUGUCUUUUUGUAAACUCCAUUUAAAGGAAUUGUUCAGGUUUUUUUAAGUGGAGUUGUAUCAGUCAUUUUCCACAGUCAGUAUGUUACUGACAGUAAAUGUCGGUCGACACGUCCUCAUCAGGCUGGAGAAACGAGCUCAGCUAUGUGCUGCUGUCAGCACCAAAAUGGAUUUUACACGCUUAAAAAAAUCAGUAUCAAUUUAAGUGUACACUAUAUUUAGAAUAUUUUCACUGCUUCACCUUUUCAUCAGACAGCCGGUUCUCAGUUACCAAUCUGUGCUGCCACCAGACCCCAUUUAGAAAAAACAGCAGUUUAAGCUGGCUGAACUGAGGAGCUGCUGGUCUACUGCUGCUUCGAUCACUUAGUUAGUGUUAUUGUGUGACUGUGGUGAAUCUGAACUAACCCUUUAAAACACCAAAGUCACACAAUAACACAAACUAACUAACUGAUGGAGGCAGCAGUACACCAGCAGCUCCUGUGUUCAGCGAUGUUAAAUUACUGUUUUCUCUCAAAGAGAGCAGCUUCAUUUUCCCGUCGGAAAUCACUGUCUGACUGCAAGGUUAAAAUGUUCUAAAUAUGGCCGACACUUAAACUUAUAAUGAUUUUUUUAGUUGGAUAAAAUAUGUGUCAUUGUUGGCCCUGUCCACAACAGUACAUUACUGAGCUUCUGUGUCGGACUCCUGUCUGCUUCUCCAAACUGGGGCGUGCUGACUGACAUCAAUAAGUAACUCAUGCAACCCCACUACAAAAAAAUCUGAUCUAUCCCUUUAACCACAUUCACCUGCUGAGAAUCAGAGGACCGAUGAGGUGUAACAUCAGAAUCUUUGACUAGUUUUGUGUCUGUCAUGUUUCAGUCGGCGGUUCGGCUGCAUCUCCACUGAGUCCAAACCAAAUUUAAGCUCCAGUUUACAACAAACAGCAGUCGACUCGUCUGUUUCCUCCUCGUCCAUUCUUCAGAUUUCACUUCCUCUCAGUGGAAAUGCAGCCGUCUGUCUGUGUGGAUGUAGCAGCACUGCUUCACAGAGCGAUAUACAAGUAUAUUUUCAAGUGUAUUUUAUGGAAUAAAUUUGUUACAAAGUUCA